UGCGGAUGGAUGCAGGGAGGAGGAGGGAGCCGAAGCUAUUUAAAGAGGGUCAUCCAGUCACGGAUAAAUAGCAGAAGGUCCUCCGCGCUGACUAACCGCCUCUAAAUGUUUUUCAUCGUGCUCUGUGUGUCUGUCUGCGGCUUCAUGUGUCCAGACUGAGCCUCUGCUGACAGCCAUCCGACGACCAGCACUGCAUACAUCCCCUGCAAGGGUCUUUCGUGGUCUUUUUUACAAGGGGAUACUUGGGGGUAAAAAUGGGUAAAGAUUACUAUAAAACGCUGGGCAUCUCCAAAGGAGCCACAGAGGAGGAUAUUAAGAAAGCUUACAGAAAACAGGCGUUGAAAUGGCAUCCCGACAAAAACAAGUCUGCAUCAGCCGAGGAGAAAUUUAAGGAAAUCGCUGAAGCAUAUGAAGUGCUGAGUGAUCCGAAGAAAAGAGAAGUUUAUGACCAGUAUGGAGAGGAAGGUCUCAAGGGAGGAAACGGGCCCACGGAUGGACCGGGCAACACCUUCACAUACACCUUCCAUGGAGACCCUCACGCCACCUUCGCCACUUUCUUUGGUGGCUCCAACCCCUUCGAUAUGUUCUUUGGGCGUAAAGCAAACGGUCGGGACGACGACGACAUGGAGGUGGACGGAAACGACCCCUUUGGUUCCUUCAGUAACUUCAACAUGAACGGCUUCCCUCGGGACCCUCACAGUGGACCUGGAGGGCCACGCAGGAAACAGGACCCCGCCAUCGUUCACGAACUGAGGGUCACCCUGGAGGAGGUCUUCCACGGCUGCACCAAGAGGAUGAAAAUCUCUCGCAAGAGGCUAAAUCCAGACGGCAGGACCAUGCGCAACGAGGAUAAGAUUCUCACUAUCGAGAUCAAGCGAGGCUGGAAAGAGGGAACCAAGAUCACGUUCCCGCGGGAGGGGGACGAGUCGUCCAAUACCAUUCCUGCGGACAUUGUUUUCGUCAUCAAGGACAAGCCACACCCUCACUUUAGGCGGGAGGGCUCAAACAUUGUGUAUCCUGUGCGUGUCAGCUUAAGACAGGUGAGUUAUUUUCUGUUCUGGCACCCACUCAUGACUGUGUGUUGUAUUAUUAGAGUCUGAUAGAUGGAUUAGUCACACACAGGGGUGUUUCAGAUCAAGCUCAUAUUUAUUUUAGAGUGCUGCUUUAAUGCUCUGAUGCUCAGAAACAGGUGGAUUCCCUUAAAAGUGGUUUUCCCUGGAAAGUACAUGUGUCCUGAAUGAGCAUAGUACCAAACUAAACACACACUUUAGCUUAUGUAAUCUUCAACAUUGAGAAAUAGGAGCCGUUUCACAGGGAGGGCAGAGAGGCGGCGGCCGCCCACAUGCAGACAUUUCAAGAUGUACUUUUAUGGUUCCUCCUACUCUCCUCAACACUUUGAGAUUUCAGUGCUUCAGCUCUGAAUAUGUGAGCGAUACAUGCGAAUGGUAGCCGAUCAGUUCUGUGCGAUGUGAAUCAUCACUUGUCACGUUAAAGGUUUCCAAACACAUAGCUUCAUUUCUUUGCUUUUCUGCUAAAACAUAUUUUACAACUAUACUCAAAUACAGUAUAUCAACAUGACUUUAAUCUGACCUCCAAGAACACUUUCCACAGCAUGUCUUAGUCUUCCUCAGAAAUACAAGAGAAAGCACAAUGAUUAUAUCCAACUCCAAAUACGAUCUUUGAAUAGAGAGAUUACGGACAGCUGCUAUCAUGUGAUGACAACUGAGCAAUCUCCUCGACAGCUGAGCAAACUGCAUCCAAUAAUAUAGACUGUUGAUGUGUUUAUGGAUCUUAAAUGGACCUUAUGUAAAGAUUAUUUUGAAACAACAGUCGUAUAAUUUGCUCAGUGCUCAAUUAAUUAGGUCUAGGUGUUCAAUUACCUUGGCUUUUUGUGUGGGUCUGUGAAUAAAUAUACAACAGUCAUUUAUAAUUGUGGUAAACUCUUAUCAAUUAAUCAAUGUUUAUUUAUAUAGCCCAAUAUCACAAAUGUUACAUUUGUCUCAGUGGACUUCACAG